UUUCCAGAAUAACUAUAAAUUCUGCCAAUUCCAACACCACCACACAAUCCAAUCUACAUUUGCCUUCCUCUCUUUGUUUUCAUUGAUCUUUGUCCACUCUCAAACAGUACAAUGGAAGACAAACAUGUAGCAGUCUUUGCUUUCCCCUUUGGCAGCCACCUUAUGCCUCUCUUAAACCUUGUCCUCAAACUAGCUCACGCUGCUCCAAACUAUUCCUUCUCAUUCAUUGGCACACACAAAUCCAACGCAAUCCUCUUCCCAAAACCCUAUAUCCCCAGUAACAUAAAGCCCUACAGCAUAAGUGAUGGAAUCCCAGAGGGUCACGUGCUAGGCAAAAACCCAAUCGAGAAACUUAAUCUUUUUCUGGAAACUGGUCCUGACAACUUGCACAAGGGUAUACAACUAGCGGAAGCUGACACAAACAAGAGAGUCACUUGCAUCAUUGCCGAUGCUUUUGUAACCUCUUCUCUCCUCGUCGCCAACAAACUCAAUGUUCCUUGGAUCGCGUUUUGGCUUCCAGUGUCAUGUUCACUUUCUCUAUAUUUCUACACUGACUUGAUACGCCAUCACUGUGCAAAACAUGCUGGAAAUUCAACCUUGGAUUUCCUUCCCGGGUUGUCUAAGCUGCGUGUUGAAGAUAUCCCACAGGAUCUGCUCGAUGUUGGAGAAAAGGAAACAAUAUUUUCAAGGGAACUAGUUUCACUGGGUUGGGUGCUUCCUCAAGCUAAGGCUGUAGUUAUGAAUUUCUUUGAGGAAUUAGACCCACCUUUGUUUGUUCAAGACAUGAGAUCCAAGUUGCAGACUUUGCUUUAUGUUAAAUCACUUCCCUCACCGUUAUUGCCACCACCCGACGCAGAUUCAAGUGGGUGCUUGUCGUGGUUGGAUAAGAAGAGUUCUAGAUCGGUGGUUUAUGUUUGCUUUGGGAGUGUGGUGGUUCCACCUCCACACGAGCUUGUGGCGGUGGCAGAGGCAUUGGAACAAAGUGGUUUUCCGUUUCUGUGGUCUCUCAAGGAAGAUCUAACGGGUCUUUUGCCAAAGGGGUUUAUUGAGAGGAGCAGCAUACGUGGGAAAAUAGUGUCUUGGGUUCCACAAACCCAAGUUUUGGCACAUGAUUCUGUAGGAGUUUUUGUGACUCACUGUGGAUCUAGCUCUGUGAGUGAGAGUGUUUGGAGUGGGGUUCCUAUGAUCUGCAGGCCAUUCUUUGGAGACCAAGAGGUGUGUGGAAGAGUGAUAGAGGAGAUUUGGGAGAUUGGAGUGAUAAUAGAAGGUAGAGUGUUCACCAAAAGUGGAUUGCUUAAAAGCUUGAAUCUGAUUUUGGUGCAGGAAGAGGGGAAGAAGACUAGAGACAAUGCUCUUAAUGUGAAGAAAACUGUGAGAGAGGCAGCUAGGUCACGUGAUUUGAAGACUUUGGUGGAAAUAAUAUCUAGAUCAUAAUAAAGCAUGGGGAUUGAUUCCCCGUGAUCUCUCGAGAGAGACACAAGGUCUCGCUUAGUCUUUAUUUUCAUUGCUCCGCUGUGCAAGUGCAACAGCUACAGAAGAUCUAAUGUUUGGGAAAAGUUAGCACUAAGCACUAGCUAGCUACAUUCAUAUAACAGUUUCAUGAGUUGCAUAUUAAAUAAAAAGCUUCAGUUACGUUCUA